AUGAUGAGGGUGGCUGAGAAUGAUGGUGAUGACGACGAUGUGAGGAAGACGGGUGUUGAUGAAGGCGACGAGGAUGAUGAUUCUGGUGAUCCGAAUGUCAAUGAUAUGGAUGUUGUUGAUAAUGAUGUCGAUGGCUGGGAGUGGUCGGCUAGGGAGAUGGUCAAGCUGCUCAGAGAAGGGCGGUUACUCUGUUGUAGAGAGGUGGAAUAUGCGGCGGAGAUUGUAGGACUGAACUUGGAAGAAGGAGUUUGUCAUUUCCGCGAGUUCAAGGAUUUCAUUUACAGUGCUCGUACAUCCCAGGCAGUAGCACUAUCUUCCCGUCAAAAUUAUCCUUUACACCUGACUUCCCUACAACAGUGGCACCGGCCAGACUCGGGACCAUCGGAGAUGGGCGAUGCACGCGUGCUACUGGAGGAUUGGCGGGCAUGCGAACGCAACAUGGCACAACGUAACAGGGAGACCCUCCCUGCAGGGCGUAUCCGUCCACCACACGAGGUUUCCUCCCUCGUGCAUGCUACCAGAUCUGCAAGGUGGAAACCAUCCAAGCAGUCAUAA